GCCACUGGGAGGGAACCUCGCGAAGCGAUUGGCCGGUCGGGAUGCCGUUCAGCGCGGACUGGUUCACCUCAGGACGCUCAGUGAGCCUCCAGUCAGAAGCCGGGCGGGUGUCGGGCUAGGCAGGGACUGCUGCCGGUCCGGUACUCGGGAUGAAGGCAGUACGUGACUGGGUGUGAGUCCCUCCCCCCUCCCGGGUCUGGAAACGCCCGGACCAAAGAUGGCGGGCGGUCCCAUCACACUGCCCACUCUCAACAUGGCGGCGCGCAGUCACGGCCGGGUCCUGUCUGCCGUGAUGCUGGUGAUGUUACUAGGGCUGGCGACCGGGGAAGCGGAGGACGAAGCGGAGACGGUGAUCAUCGGGCUGCGGCUGGAGGAUACGGACGACGUGUCUUUCAUGGACGGUGGCGCGCUGCGGGUGAGCGAGCGGUCCCAGAUGAAGCUGCGGGUGUACGGGCAGAACCUGGACAACGAGACGUGGUCUAAGAUCGCCUUCACCGAGCACCCGCCGCCCUGGAUCGUGGCCGCCCACGACUCGCCCUCGGAGGGUACCCACCCGUGCGGCAUCCGCACCUCCGACAUCCUGGUGCUGCCGUACAUCGAGCUGAGCCGCAGCAGCUCCGCCAUCGUCCGCAUCGAUAUCAAACCCCUGCGGAAGACGGAGAAGAGCAAGGCGUACUACCUGUGUACCUCCUCCCCCUCCCCUCCGCUCCUCCCCGGCGGAGCCGCCCCUCUGCAGCCCUGGACCGAGACCACCUGGGUGUACCACUCCGGGGAUGAUACCCGAGUCAUUGUGGUGGAGGAGAAGAAGUUCCUGCUCCCCUUCUGGUUGCAGGUCAUCUUCAUUGGCCUUCUCCUCUGCCUGUCUGGCAUGUUCAGCGGCCUCAACCUGGGCCUGAUGGCCCUGGACCCCAUGGAGCUCCGCAUCAUUCAGAACUGCGGCACCGACAAGGAGAAGAACUACGCCAAAAGGAUCGAGCCCGUCCGCCGCCAGGGCAACUACCUGCUCUGUUCCCUAUUGCUGGGCAACGUACUGGUCAACACCACCCUCACCAUCCUGCUGGAUGACAUCGCCGGCUCGGGCUUGGUGGCUGUGGUGGUUUCCACCAUUGGCAUCGUCAUCUUCGGCGAGAUCGUACCUCAGGCCAUUUGCUCCCGCCACGGCCUGGCCGUGGGCGCCAACACCAUCUUCCUGACCAAGUUCUUCAUGAUGAUGACCUUCCCGGCCUCCUUCCCGGUCAGCAAGCUGCUGGACUGCGUGCUCGGACAGGAGAUUGGCACGGUCUACAACCGGGAGAAGCUGCUGGAGAUGCUGAGGGUCACCGACCCCUACAAUGACCUGGUCAAGGAGGAGUUGAACAUCAUCCAGGGGGCCCUAGAGCUCCGCACCAAGACCGUGGAGGAUGUCAUGACCCCUCUGCGGGACUGCUUUAUGAUGGCUGGAGAUGGCACACUUGACUUUAACACCAUGUCCGAAAUCAUGGAAAGCGGUUACACCCGCAUUCCCGUCUACGAGGGCGACCGCUCCAAUAUCGUUGACCUGCUCUUUGUCAAAGACCUGGCCUUUGUCGACCCUGACGACUGCACGCCGCUCAAGACCAUCACCAAGUUCUACAACCACCCCCUGCACUUUGUCUUCAAUGACACCAAGCUGGACGCCAUGCUGGAAGAGUUCAAAAAAGGUAAAUCUCACUUGGCGAUUGUACAGAGGGUGAACAAUGAAGGAGAAGGAGACCCGUUUUAUGAGGUGCUUGGAAUAGUUACCCUGGAAGAUGUUAUUGAAGAAAUUAUCAAAUCUGAAAUCCUAGAUGAGACUGAUUUUAUACAAGUGACUGAUAACAAGACGAAAAAGAGAAUAACACACCGAGAGAGGAAGCAAGAUUUCUCUGCUUUUAAGCAAACCGAUAACGAAAUGAAGGUUAAAAUAUCACCACAGCUUCUCUUGGCUAUGCACCGUUUCUUAGCAACAGAAGUGGAUGCCUUUAGCUCAUGUCAGAUGUCAGAGAAGAUUCUUCUGAGGCUGCUCAAACAUCCCAACGUCAUCCAGGAACUAAAAUUUGAUGACAGGAACAAGAAGUCUCCUGAAUACUACCUCUACCAGCGCAACAAGCCGGUGGAUUACUUUGUGCUGGUUUUACAGGGGAAAGUAGAAGUGGAAGCGGGAAAGGAAGGGAUGAAAUUUGAAGCCGGUGCCUUUUCCUACUAUGGUGUGAUGGCACUCACAGCAUCUCCAGUUCCUCUGUCCCUGUCUCGUACCUUUGUUGUCAGCAGAACAGAAUCGUUAGCUGGUUCUCCAGCUGAAAAUAAAUCACCACCUCGCCCCUGUGGGUUAAAUCAUUCAGACUCCCUGAACAGAAGUGACAGAAUUGAUGCCGUCACGCCAACGCUGGGGAGCAGUAAUAACCAGCUAAAUGCAUCAUUCUUACAAGUGUACAUCCCGGAUUACUCUGUGAGAGCCAUAACAGACCUGCAGUUUGUCAAGAUCACAAGGCAGCAGUACCAAAAUGCCCUCAUGGCUUCUCGAAUGGACAAAACUCCACAAUCCUCAGACAGUGAAAACACUAAAAUUGAAAUGACUCUAACUGAGCUACAUGACGGUUUAGCCGAUGAAACAGCCAUUCUGCUCAAUGAACAGAACUGUAUUUCACACAAGUCUAAUCACAGUAUGCACAAUGAAGGGCCUAUCUGAGCCGACGUCACACAGCUUGCUUAAAUUCAGGACUAUCUUCACUCCAUUCUCCAGCUUCACUCCUGGAUUGUCUGUGCGAUUGAAAAGGUGUCUGGUAUGUGCACUUGCCAUGUUCCAUCCAGCAUUCUGAGACCAAAGAUUCUGAGCCCAGCGGUGAGAGGACCCGAAGAGUUUAACACUAGAGUGUGACAGAUGUUUAGAAGAGAAAAACAGUAAUAAGUAAGAGAUUGAUAUUUCAUGUAUGAGACCAAAAAGAAAUGGCUAACCUGUUCAGAUGAAAAUUUGGACCACCACAGUUUUUUUUUAUGCCCCACUUCAUUAGAUAUAAAGGAUGCAUAAAGACAACUUUCAGAUUAAAUUUAUUGUGCUUUUUUUAUGUUAAAUAUUUUAUUUUGGUAUUUAAUGUUUGUAAUUACACACCUGAUGUGCAGUUGACUUGAUUGUAUAGUGUGAAAGCCCAAAAUUGUUUUCAGAUAUCAUUACUGGUGUCAUUUUCCCACUUGUUAUAUAUUUGGGAAUAAUGGUAAUAAGUGACCUGACCCAUAUUAUUUUGGCAGCACACUGCUUCCCCUAUAGGCGUUUGCAACCAAAUAUUUAUAUCCUAGAAAUGAUUGUUAGAGUUUGACACCCAGUUAAGAUUUACACAUUAUAUCUUUUUUUUUUCGGUCUUUAAGGUUUUGGCCAUAGUAUUAAGAUAGCCCUAGUUUGCCAGUCACCUAAAAAAUUACCAUGUUUUAAUGGGAACACAAGGUGUCAAAUUGUGUUAACAUUUAUGGGGAUGGGUAAGACAAGAUAAUAUUACUCUUCUCCAUGUUUAAAGGUCCACUCUAAACACUCAGUAUCAAAAUUUGAUACCUGUGUAGAGGGCAUUGCGGGAUGUUAGCAUUGAAAAAGGCUUUAAACAGAUUGCAGGAUUAAGACACAAGUGUUAUUUACUUUUAAUCCUUUAAUUAAAAGUAUCUCCAAACCAACCCAGAGUUUAAUGUUCAAAAAGAAAUAAAACACAUUCUUAUA